UCCUCGUGUCCAUAGGCGUCGGCUCCGUUCUUCUCCUGGUGGCCCUAGUGAAGCUCGUCAAAACCAACAUCCAUGCGACUAUGUUCUGGAAUGAAAUCGUCCUUGAGAAAAUAACCAAUUUUGUCAUGGAUCAGAGCAAGGAGCAGCGGAUCUUAAACACGGUCUCCUACAACGCGAUCAAAGGGAAUCCCGAGAGCGUGCUGGACUGUAUUGAUAAGUACUGCUCCAAGAGCGAGUGGGCCAUGAACGUGGGGGACGAGAAAGGUUUGAUCCUAGAUAAGAUUGUAGAGGAAACCGAUCCCUCCGUCGUUUUGGAGCUGGGAACGUAUUGUGGUUACUCGGCUGUGAGGAUCGCUCGGCUUUUGAAACCGAAGGCUCGGCUUUUGACCAUUGAAUUCAACCCAGAAUUUGUUCCUAUUGCAAAAGAAAUCAUUGAGAUUGCUGGAGUCAAUGAUAAGGUGACCAUCCUGGAAGGCCAUUCCGAACUCAUUAUCCCAGAGCUGAAGAAGAAAUACGAAGUCAAGAAGGUGGAUUUUGUCUUUCUGGACCACUGGAAAGAGAGAUAUGCCCCAGACACCAUCUUACUGGAAGAAUGUGGCUUGCUGAGGAAGGGCACCGUCCUCCUGGCUGACAACAUCAUCUACCCCGGGGCUCCAGAGUUCAUCAAGUACAUCCGCAACAACAAGCGCUUUGAGUGCACCAACUACCCCGCUCACCUGGAGUACAUGAAGGUGGAGGACUCCAUGGAGAAGGCGGUGUACCUGGGCCCCGACUCCGAGUAGC